AGAAAAAAAAUAUCCUGCUGUAAAAAAUUAAAUCUGUUUUCUUAAUGAGUGGUAUUUUUUUGUAUUACACCUAUGAUUACAAAACAGCAUUAUGAUGACAUUAUUUAUUUGAUUGACAUGUAAUGAAUGGAUGAAUGAAGUGUGUGUUGACAUGAAGUGUCAUUAUUGGCUGUGAUAUUAAUGAUUUCAUUUACUAAUCUGAUGUAUCAUUUUAAGAUUGACUGGGGUGUGUUGCUUUCCACAACCUCUGUAUGUUAAUUAUUGGCGGUAUUUACAGCCAAUUACAACUCUUUUGGAAUAUCCUACAGCCAAUAGCGUAGUCUGUUGUAGGCAUGUGCCGUAUCUACGGCUGAGCAGCAUUUUUUUUCACCCCUGCCAACGAAAGUUCGCACACAGGGAGGCCAACAGCUGGGGGAUCCAUAGCAACCGUGGAUAAACAUGAGUUACCACACCAGGCCCUCCAGCUCUGCCAGCUUCUCUUCCACCGCAGCUGCAAGUGCCCUGGACGAUGACAGCAUAAGUCUCAGGCAGCAGAAGCUGGAGAAGCAGAGGGCCCUGCUGGAACAGAAGCAGCGGCGGAAGCGGCAGGAGCCCCUGAUGGUGCAGCCCAAUCCGGAGGCCCGGCCUCGGCGCUCUCGGCCCCGCCGCAGCGAGGAGCAGGCUCCGCUCGUGGAGUCCCGCCACAGCGUCACCAGCGACGUCAUCCUGGAUGAACCCAGAGAGUGCUAUGCCCUGCGGUGGGACGAUGAUGAGCACUGGCCGCUGCUUCCAAGGUCCCCUGUCCGACGCCGGCCCAGUCAGAUCAGGCUGGCCGAGGAAGUCCUGAUCGAUCUAGAGAGGAGAAACUCGUCACCUCAGACGUUAGUCGUGUGGGUGCGAGAGGCCGCUCAGGGAGGAGGAGAGAGGUGUCAGCAGGAACAGCGGCAGCAGCAGAAGAACUCACCUGAGCCAUUAGCAAGAACAGAGAGGGUUCCCCCGGAGCAGGAGAUCUGUAGUGGAACGACAGGUGCUCUGAGGCUGCUGGAAGAACAGCAGGGAUCCAGUAAAGCGCUACUUAGAGAGACAGGGAUUGAUGGCCCUGCAGCCUUCCUUGGCACUGAGGUCCCUGACACGGGCUCCAGGGUCCAGAUCCUGUCCGUGAGCCAAGCCCCGCAGUCCCCGCCCGCUGAGGAGCCGGACAGGGACGGGGACACGGAGACGUUGCUGGAGCCCAAGACGGACAUACAUGAGCUGCUUCAGAAGAGAGGACUCUCUGACAGCAUGAAUUAUGAUGAGGCCAGUGAGGAGGAGGAGGAGGAGGAGGAAGAGGAGGAUCACACUCUUUCAGUCUCCCCCAACACAGAGUGUAACCGUCCGGCAUCGGCCUCCAGCACAAAGUCCAGCACAGAGUACGUGGCUCCUGGCUCGCCUUCCUCAGAAAUCCCCCCGAUUGACGCAGACCACCUGGAGGAGUUUGUGUUACGGCCCGCUCCUCGCGGCACGACUGUCAAGUGUCGCAUCACCCGCGAUAAGAAGGGGAUGGACCGUGGACUCUACCCCACAUACUUCAUGCACCUGGAGAAGGAAGACGGCCGGAAGUUUUUUCUUCUGGCAGGAAGGAAAAGGAAAAAGAGUAAGACUUCCAACUAUUUGAUAUCUGUGGACGCCACUGACCUGUCCCGUGAGGGGGAGAGCUUUGUGGGGAAGCUGAGGUCCAACCUUAUGGGGACAAAGUUCACAGUGUACGACAAUGGCACAAAUCCCACAAAGAACCCGGGUACACUCCUUGAGGAAAGCAACACACGGCAGGAGCUGGCCGCCAUAUGCUAUGAGACCAACGUUUUGGGCUUCAAAGGGCCCCGUAAGAUGACAGUCAUCAUCCCUGGGAUGAACAUGAACUUUGAGCGGAUACCCGUUCGACCAACCAGCGAGCAGGACACUCUGCUGGGCAAGUGGCAGGGCCGCGCUCUGGACAAUCUGAUUGAGCUGCACAACAAGGCCCCCGUGUGGAACGACGAUACGCAGUCCUACGUACUCAAUUUCCACGGUCGGGUCACCCAGGCCUCCGUCAAGAACUUCCAGAUUGUCCAUGACAAUGAUCCGGACUACAUCGUGAUGCAGUUCGGCAGAGUAGCCGAGGACGUCUUCACUCUGGACUUUAACUACCCUAUGUGUGCUCUGCAGGCCUUUGCUAUUGGCCUCUCUAGCUUUGAUAGCAAACUGGCCUGCGAGUGAGCCACCCAUCCUCCUUCACAUAUUCAGAGUCACACACGCGCUCACCCACACAAACACAUCCACCAUUAACAAGUGAGCUCCCCUCUCCCUCAGGACCGGUGUGUUAUUGUGUGCGCGUGUGUGUAUAUGUAUGCAUGUGUGUGUGUGUGUGUGUGUGUGUGUGUGUGUGAAACGCUCACCUCCUAGCUCAUUGCUGCUACACAAUAAUCUCCCAUCCUGCCCUGUUUAGUCUCGGUGGCCGGCACUACACCCUCCAGAAGAAAUAAAUCCUUGUCCCAGCGCCA